AUGCCUUCUUUUCGUUCUGUGGCCGCGGCCGCUCUCCUGGGCCUGGGUGCCGUUGCGAAAGCUGAUUCGCUGACGUGCCAGUCCCUGGAGAGCACUUCUGCCAUCUCUAUUGACAGACCUUUGAGUUUGGAAUACACUUCCGAGAACAAUGAGUACUGGUCCACCGGUUGCGCGGCGCUCAAGCCUGCUUGCAUCAUCAAGCCGGCUUCUGCGGCAGAAAUGUCGACUGUCAUCAAGACGCUUAACCAAAACAACGAAACCUUCGCGGUUAAGUCGGGCGGCCACAACCCUAACCAGAACUUCUCGAGCAUCGAUGGCGGCCCCCUCAUCUCUACAGCUGAUCUGAACGAGGUCACGCUGGACAAGGACAGCAUGACGGUCCGUGUUGGCCCUGGAAACAGGUGGGAGGAUGUGCACAAGGUGUUGGACGGGACGAACACGACCAUCAUUGGUGGCCGGAUCGGUAAUGUGGGAGUGGGAGGCUACAUCCUGGGCGGCGGUCUCAGUUUCCUGUCGGCUGAGUAUGGCUGGGCGGCCAACAACUUGGUCGAGGCCGAGGUGGUGCUGGCCAACGGCACCAUCACGACGGCCUCGGCCACCCAGAACGCCGAUCUCUUCAAGGCGCUCAAGGGCGGCGGUGCCAACUUUGGCAUCGUCACGACGUACACGCUCAAGGCCCACCCGAUCAACGACAUCUGGGGCGGCAACCUGAUCUUCGCGGCGUCGGACGACACGGACAAGGCGCUCCUGGCCGCGCUGCAGAACUUCACGCAAAACUACCCUGACGAAAAGGCCGGCAUCAUCCUGACGUCGGAGAUCACGGGCGCCAACCUGGUGCACAUCUGGAUCAUGUUCCUCUUCUACGACGGGCCGGAGCCGCCGGCGGGCGUCUUCGACAUGUUCACGAGCCUGAAGCCCAUCACCAACAACGCCAAGACGCGCUCGUACUACGACCUGCUGGCCUUCAACAACUGGGCGGUGCUCAAGGGCUCGGCCUACACUAUUGCGACUGAGACGACGCCGCUGCUCGCCCAGGACGCGUCGGCCGACGCCGUCAACACGACCCUGGCCCACCUCGAGGACUGCUACGAGCACUGGGUCAACGUGUCCAAGAGCUACGCCGCCGUGCCGGGUCUCGUCGCCUCGGUCGCCUUCCAGCCCUACCCGGCCGUCUUCGCCCGCAAGGCGCGCGAGAUCGACGCGGCCGUCGGCAACGGCGACGGCGACCUCAUCGCCUUCGACGACGCCGCCGACCGCAUCAUCUUCGAGUUCGACUUCUCGUACUGGCGCGGCCUGCCCGUCCUCGACGAGAAGAUCGACUCGGCUACCGUCGAGCUGUACGGCGGCAUGAAGGACAUUAUUGAUGCCGCCGUCGCCGACGGCAAGGUGCCUGAUGUCUACAGGCCGCUGUUCAUGAACGACGGCUACUUCAGGCAGGACUACUGGGGCAGGAUCGACGCUGAGAGCAGGGCGUUUGCUGAGGGCGUGCAGCAGAGCGUCGACCCCAAGGGCUUCUGGGGCAGCAGGAGUGCGGGUGGCUUCUUGCUGUGA